AUGAGAUCGAUAAAAAUUCAACUGAACGGUCGGCACUUCAAGACGACAACGAAAACGUUCGAGGCUCUCUGGACUGCAAGGAUUCGCUCGCUCCUGGAUGAUCACGAACUUAGCCGGGUGUGGAUUGAUGCAAUCUGCAUCAACCAGAAAGACAGAGUGGAGCGCGGUCAACAGGUGGCUAUCAUGGGCUCAAUAUAUGCGAAGGCCGAUCAAGUCAUCGUAUGCAUGAGUCCUGCCGACUUCCGGCUACGCAGAAAGAAGUACCAGGAUGCCAACAUAAGAGCUCAAUUCGGUGCGCAACUCAUGAACGACAUACAAAGUGCGUAUGAGCCGAUUGAAAAGAUCCCGCUGUAUCCAAAUCCCCCGCCAUCGUUUUUCGCCAACAGUCCCGUGCCACUCAAGGGCAUCCGGAAACGCCUCGUUGGUCUGCCAGGACAGGGCCUUGCAGACCUCCUGUCGAACCAGUGGCAUGGCCGCGUUUGGGUCUUGCAAGAAGUUGGCCUGGCUUCCAGGGUGAAGGUGUAUUAUUUCAAGCUGAUAAUACCGUGGGAGAUGGUUGUCUUCACUUCCGCAUUCCUCAAAGCGCAAGGCCCUACGAUCAGAAACAGCAUCAAAAUGUACCCCAGCAGGAUCGACCUGAUGACUCGAGACUUCUGGCAUGAAGGCUCUGCGCUUGACUUCCUGGAGGUGCUUAUCCGAGCACGAAAAAGCAAAGCCACAGAUGCUCGCGAUAAGGUGUUUGCGCUCUUGAGUCAUCCAUCUGCACGCCAAUACAAACCCCCAGACACAAUAGUGCAGCCAGACUACACCAAAUCAAGCAAAGAAGUUGCUUUCGAGAUCGCGACUAAGCUGAUACUGGGAUCUGAGCCUCUCAAACUGCUCUCUGCGGUUCAACACCCAGUUCCAGGUUCUGAAAAGCUGAAAGCCUUCCCCACAUGGGUACCACGAUGGGAUUCGCAUGACUACAUGACACAAACCAUCCUUGGAUUGGACAAUCGCUACGGAUCUGGUGGGACGACCCGACCGGAAAUGCAACUCCAUGGCCGGACUUUGACCAUUCGCGGGCUACUGUUCGACGAAAUCCACUAUCGGUCUGACGCAAUGAGGAUGAGGCACUUUCUACUACCUACCAGUACAACAUUCAGUCGCCUGAAAAGUUUACCGAAGACGAUCCCGAAAGUAUUCCACGACGACGAAGAUUCCGACGACCCUGACGACUAUCACAAUACGUUCAGCGUUAAUCCGGUUGCAUCCAUCUGGGAUGAUAUCUCCGAGCUCGCCGGGCUUUCGCGAAAGGCUUCCUCGACACUGUAUUUCUGGGAAGCGUACCAGAGAACCCUGACUGCAGAUAACUAUCUGUGGUUCUCACGCGGCCAGUCAAGCCCCUUGGUGUGGAACGGUGACUUGGAGGCGAAAAGUUGGAAGCUUGUUGGGGAGUGUUAUGUUGAUGGUAUCAUGAAUGGUGAAGUUAUUGACAUGUGGGAGCGCGGAGAAGAUAUUGAGGAGCGCACCUGUGCGGCUUGCGAAAGAUCCAUCGCAGCAGCCAUGGAGCAGCAAGAACAGCAGGCGCAAAGCAGCACCGCCACCAACGUCGACUCUGCGAUUCCCGACUCCGCACCCUCACAAACAGACCGGCUUUGGUCUGCAGUCAGAACUGCCUCGAGAUCCGACACCCAGGACGGUGCGACGACGGAUUAUGUCAGCACCACCAUUAAGUCCGCAGAUUGCGAUGACGAAGACUACGAGAUUACGGCCCUUCGCCCGCGUGGAGUGAAGAUGAUUUGGUGCAUCCCUGGCGAAAUAAACGAAAACCCAUUCUAUCAUUUCCAAACAAAAAUCGCCCCCGAGUCUGGAAAGGUAGCGCAUUACCAGAAGUUGCUCAGCCCCGAGAUCGACCAAUUUUUUGACGGAGGCCCUGCAUUCAAUGAGAGACUUGAGGCGGAGUAUAAAACAGGGCGAUUGUGGCGGUACAGCAAACGGCGCUGGAUAAACAUAGCCAUCACGUUCUUGUUUCGACAAGACGUAAUGAACCGUGACCGGAAGAAGACUGGCCUAUUCAUGGCGGAGCGGAAGGACGAGGAGCUUAUCGAGUCGUUUUUAGAUUGGUUCACCCCGCCCAUCCUGGCGGAAGACGACGAUACAAAACCCUGCGACUUCAAACUGUUUACUGACAUCGCCUAUUGGCUAUCACUACAAGCUUUCAAGGGUACUUGGAAGUCAGUUGCCAGCUACUAUACAUGUCUCUAUCGAGACCGCGCCAUUCUUCCGUACUUGAGUGUAGCAUUCGAACAGGACCCCUGGGAUAGCUCGGCCGUGCAGAAAGCUGUCAAUCGGAUGGCUUCCGCAGCUACAAUCAGCCAGUUUAACCGGUACCACCUUCGCGAAAGGAUGAAAAAGGAGACUGAAAUUGGAGGUGUCAAGUGGUCUACGGCUGACGAUGCGGCUAUUCGACACUACGGAAUGAUCAUUUGUGGCCACAAAUGGGAGGUAUACCUCGCGGCGCCUCGAGUUGCAACACACGGCGAAUGGAUGGGAACGGAUAUUAAAAAGGUUGAUCGCGGCAAUCUUGACCUUGUCGAAGGUGUUGAGGAAUGUGUGAACUGGAUCAACGAGAUCCAUCUCUGGGGAUUGGGCGAAUACGCGCAAAACGUGAGAGCCGAUAUCGAAUCUCUUGCGGAAACGAGCGAGCUGACAAGCCGCCGACUACGCGGGCAGUGA